UUGGUAUUUUCUUAUUAAAAAUACUUAUUAUAAAAGUCAUCAAGAUUAAUUAAUAUGUAUAUAUAUUGGCAGCACUCGACUGAUUAAAAAUAAAAAAAAAAAAAAAAAAUCGUGGACCGUCACGUGUCAGUGUGGUUCUCGAACAGUUGAAAAAACCCACCGAAAAUGUUUCUUAUUUGGCGAUUUGGGCAUACGGUAUUUGGCGACUUGGGCAAACAAUAGUGCCCCCUCCACGUAAGAAACGCGCGAUGCAAUGCUCUUAUACAUACGAUCAUCUUAGCUGAUCUAACGGCUAGAAAACAUCGUUCAUAUCGACACGCUAAAGCACCUGAUUAUCCCCCAACUUCCGACCAAGACGGUACACACGGUUCUACCACUUCGUACCUGUGCAAUAAUAAUCCAUCAAACCGAACACAAUCAAAACGACAUCGUUUUAGAGAGAAUGUUCGUCUUCUUCCUCCUCCUCGGAUCUCUCUUAUAAUUUUUUUUUCUUCUUCUGGGAAAAAACCUCAACUUUCUCAGAUAAUUACUCAAUUCAAACUAUUCUUUCGUCUCUCGCCGAUCUCUCUGUGGAUCAUUCUGCUGUUUAGAUCUCUGUAAGUGUGUAAAAAUCCAAUCUUUAUUUUUUCUAGGGUUUUCGUUUUUGAUUUAGGGAUUGAGAUAAAGCAUUCGACUUUCGUAGUUUCCCUAAUCUAGUCUACUCCGGAAAUGGAUAAGGAGAAAUCUCCUGCACCUCCUCCUAGUGGAGGCCUUCCUCCACCAUCAGGUCGUUACUCUGCGUUUCCUCCUCUGACUCCUCCUCCAAGCGGGAGCUCAGAUGCUAACCGGUUCAGUCACGAUAUAAGCCGAAUGCCCGAUAACCCGCCUAAGAACCUAGGCCAUCGCCGAGCUCACUCAGAGAUCCUAACUCUCCCUGAUGACUUGAGCUUCGACAGCGAUCUUGGCGUCGUUGGUGGUGCCCCUGAUGGACCUUCUUUCUCUGAUGACGCGGAUGAGGACUUGAUGUCAAUGUAUCUCGACAUGGAUAAGUUCAAUUCCUCCGCGAGUUCCUCCUGUGAGCCAGCGGAGCUGGUUUGGAGGAAUGAGUUAGCCUCGACUACUACGCCUGGUGGUGUUGGGUCUAGUGAAAGGCCGAGGAUAAGGCACCAGCACAGCCAAUCGAUGGAUGGCUCAACGAGUCUUAUGUCUGGGAGUGAGGAUGUGUCUGGAGGAGUUGACUCUAAGAAAGCUAUCUCUGCUGCUAAGCUCUCCGAGCUUGCUCUCAUCGAUCCUAAACGUGCUAAGAGGAUAUGGGCGAAUAGGCAGUCUGCUGCGAGGUCGAAAGAGAGGAAGAUGAGAUACAUAGCGGAGCUAGAGAGGAAAGUACAGACUUUACAAACGGAAGCUACUACUCUAUCUGCGCAGUUGACUCUCUUACAGAGAGAUACAAAUGGUCUGAGUGUUGAAAACCAUGAGCUGAAACUUAGAGUACAAACUGUGGAGCAACAAGUUCACCUGCAGGAUGCAUUAAAUGACGCACUGAAGGAGGAAGUUCAGCAUCUUAAGGUCCUAACGGGGCAAGGUGUUUCGAAUGGUGGUGCAUCAUCAGUAAUGAACUAUGGUUCUUUUGGGUCAUCAAACCAGCAAUUCUAUACCAAUAAUCAGUCGAUGCACACUAUGCAAGCCACACAACAGUUCCAGCAGCUCCAAAUCCAUUCGCAGAAACAACAACAGCAAUUUCAGUUUCAGCAGCAGCAGCAACUGUAUCAGCUUCAGCUUCAGCAGCAACGGAUUCAACAGCAGGAACAACAAAGCGGUGUGGCGGAGCCGAGAAGGCCUAUGUCUUCUUCGGGCCAGAAAGAGAGUGUGACAUCAUCGCCUGAUCUUGAGUCUCCCUCCACAAAAGACUGAAGAGAGUUGACUGUGUUAGUGUCUAGUUUGGUGAAUCUCCUUUCUCUUUCCAGUUACAAAGCUGUGGCGUUUCCUCCCUGAUCAGAGGCUCAUGGGGUUUGGGACAUAUUUGAUUCUAUUUAGUUAAAAUAAACAAGACACCUUAGAAGCUGUUAGUGAAGCCUUUGCCUGUUGUAGUCUCUGUUAACCGUAUUCAAAUUCUUUUGACUUUUGUUAUAUUUGAAACGUCUCUUGUUUGGUUUUGGA